AUGGAGGAAAGCCCACCUCGAGUUCCUCGUAAAGAAGGGUCCCACAAGUCCUCAAAAAUGGGAGCCACAAGGAGGAACAACCACCGGUGUGAUUCGUUGGAUGAUGCCGGAGAUUCUUCGAUCAAGUGUUCCGGCAAGCAUUGCCGAUCAUGCACCGGCGGGUUGAUUGCUGACUGUGUGGCACUCUGUUGCUGCCCCUGCGCUGUCGUGACUUUCUUGGGCCUUGCAUUUGUCAAAGCUCCGUGGAUGAUGGGGAAGAGGUGUUUGGGAUUCGGGAAAAAGAAGAGAAAAUGUGGGAAAAGUCAUGUGGCGGAGAUAGAUGGAAUUCCGGGAAUGGGAAGGGCAGAUGUGGGAAAUUCAGAAAUUGUAACAUCUGGGUUCCAAGAUGAAGAGCAAAAUGACACUUUGAGUGAAGAGGAGGGUGUUUGGUUAGAGUUGUACGAGUUGGGUCAUUUGAGUUUUGGUAGGGUUUCCUUCAGUGGAGGAAUUCAAUCUCAAGGUAAGGGCAAUUAA